ACUUCCGACUGGGCACAGACACUAUUUACGUUGCGAUCGUGUGAAGAAGUCUGUGUAGUCCAAAUUCAUCAAAAGUAUUGAUGUAGCUACUAGCUCAAUCUUUCAUCAAUGCAAAUCUGAAAGCGUUGUCGAUUAGAUACAGUCGUGAUAAAUACCAACAAACCAUGUCAAAUUUCAUCGCGCUGCAGACCCAGCUGGCCUCCGUCAUGGAUACACUUGUUCACGCGGCGUUGGCCGAACUGGUCUGCAGAUGUGGAGGAAGUGGACACCCCAGAAUCUCCCCUCGUCUUGGCUGUCUCUGUCAAAGACGAGUAUGGACAAAUAUACCUGGGGGCCAUUGCAGAGAGAGCUGCUGAUGAUUCUUUUGCAGCAAACUCUUCCUCAGAGAACCAAUAUUGUAUGAUUAGCGAUGACCCACCAGUGAACCCCACAGACAUCCUAUUGGAGUCUUUGUUUGCCCAAAAGAAGCUCUUUAUUUGCACAGAGUGCGGGAAAAGUUUCUCCACGCAGAGUAACCUCAAAUCCCACCAGCGACUUCACACAGGCGAGAAACCGUUUGUGUGCAUGUUCUGCAACAAAGCCUUUGCCCACAAACAGAGUUGUAAUGAUCACAUCCGCACCCACACUGGUGAGAAGCCUUUUAUAUGUGGUGUCUGUGGGAAAUGUUUCGGCAAGCAGGCACACCUCAAGACACAUUCGAUAAUACACACUGGAGAAAAGCCUUACAGCUGCAGCGUGUGUGGCAAGAGCUUCAACCUGGCUCAAAAUCUGUCUAGACACCAGCAAAUUCACACGGGAGAGAAAAUCUUCACCUGUUUGCUGUGUGGGAAAGGCUUCACACGCGCUGUAACACUGAAGACCCAUCAACUCAUUCACACUGGACAAAAGCCCUUCCAGUGCAAUCAGUGUGACAAGAGUUUCCGUCAUUCUGUCAAUCUGAAGAACCACCAGCGGAUUCAUACAGGCGUCAGGCCAUUUAGCUGUGACUUGUGUGGCAAGACAUUCCGUCAAUCAGUGAAUCUGAAAAUACACAAGCGCAUCCACACUGGAGAGAGGCCAUAUAUCUGCACAGAAUGCGGCAAGACCUUCAGUCAGCAGAGUAGUCUUAUCUCUCACGGACGCACCCACUCUAGCGAGAAGCCUUUCGAGUGUAGCUUCUGUGAGAGAAGAUUUAACAACACCAACAGUCUGAAGUUGCACCAGAGAAUCCGUACAGGAGAGAAGCCGUACAGCUGUGAAAUCUGUGGGAAGACUUUCAGUCAGGGCAGUCAUCUCCGAACUCACAAGAAGCAUGUCCACGCAGGAGGGAAACAGUACAUCUGUGAUAAAUGUGGGAAGAGGUAUUCCGACAAACGGAAUCUUAAGAUGCACAAAUGUGUUUAUGCCUCAAUCUAACAUUGUGAUGGGCAAACGGUUUCAAUCUUUGACAGGCUUUUGUUGUCCUUUGCUUUGCUGUUUUUAUGCCUGUUGGUUGAAUCACCAGAUGUCUCUGGUGAAAGAGCCUUGAAGCCUGGCAGGUGAAUGUAGGGAAUCCCCUUUCAACUUGAUUUUAGCCUGAGCAAAAAUGGCACACCUCAAGACACAUUCGAUAAUACACACUGGAGAAAAGCCUUACAGCUGUUACAGUUUAUUAUGGAAUAGGACUUGCUGUCAGGGGCUAGGUAUUUUAGUAUUUGUUCCCAUUUAAGCAAUUAUGAAAAGGAAAAAGCAGAAACAAUAUAUUUAAGUUAAAUAAUGUUUUCAUGUUAGUGUGUACUGUAUAUAAUAAUGCCAUUUUUGUAAAUUUGUAAGAAAUUUUAUUUAGCAUAACUAAAGUAUAGUUAACAUUUUGCAGCCUGAUAUGUAUUGAUAUCAUUUGUAAAAAGCCAAUAAAACUGAAACUGGUGUUUGGAUACAAAAACAUCUGUAGAUUGUCUUGUUCUAACAGAAUUGCUUGGCUGGCUAGUCUGUACUUCCAAAACAUCAGGUCCAUUUGUAUUUAUUGCUUAUCACAUGUACUUGUUUCUUAAGGUUUGUUUCCCACAGACUUGAGUUAAAAAUUCACACUUUCUAUUUUAUAGCAUUUGUUUUUAUAUACUUUAUGUAAAAGAGACAAAUCAACACAUGGCUGUAUUUAGUGGGAUGGAACAAAUUGGUUCAAACAAAUCACAGUAAAUUACGGGAAUAUAAUCAUUAAAGACAUGCAAUGAUGCAAUUUUGGCCAUUUCUUCUGUGUGAGCUUUGCUAUGGAUUCAAGUGGAAACCUUGCUACCAUGUUGCUUUAUUGCCCAAUUCACUGCUAAACUCAAUUGAAAGGUUGACAUUUGCUGUUGCAGCACUUUGAGGCUUAUUUUAGUGAUUCAUUUGACUGAUUUUGUUUGCCUCAUUGUUUAUUUUGUCUAAUUUAUUUUGUUACUAUUAUUUAAGGACGUGAGAACUAUCUCGUGUUGCUGUUGCAAAACUGGAAACUUGAUCUGUUCAAUCAAUAUGUUCAAAGAAAGCCUUUAUUAAUAAAACAAAAAAAUUAUAUUGCCA